AUGGUCCAUCGCAGUGGCUUCAUAUCUAUCUAUCUAUCUAUCUAUCUAUCUAUCUAUCUAUCUAUCUAUCUAUCUAUCUAUCUAUCUAUCUAUCUCAUUUCGUUAUCUUUCAUUAUCUCGUUCGUUUUUAGUCUGUUCUCCCUCUCUUUCUUUCUUUCUUUCCCCCCCCCCCCCUCUCUCUCUCUCUCUCUCUCUCUCUCUCUCCCUAUCUAUCUCUCUAUCUGGACUUCAAUCGCGUCAGCUUUUCGUCAUCCGGUUCGUAUACCCUCCUCUUCUGUGACAACGAAACAACAACUAAUGAAUGGCAAAAUUGAAUUCGACAGACGCCCGACAAGAGAGUGUAAGUAUAAGCAUACAAAAGUGAAUAUUCCUUUAACUGUUUUUGUGUUUGCAUGUGUGUGUGAUGCGCGUGUGAAGGCGCAUAUCUAUCUAUCUAUCUAUCUAUCUAUCUAUCUAUCUAUCUAUCUAUCUAUCUAUCUAUCUAUCUAUCUGUCUGUCUAUUGCAGUCAGUUCAUCUCUUUCUCUCUCUUUCUCUCUUUGUUUAUCAGUCUGUUGGUAUCUUUCUAUCUAAAAGUCGCACGCACAUUUUCUUUACCCUUCGCGUGA